GUGUUGUGCUUCUGUGUUUCAUAUAUAUAUAUAUUUUCGAGCGAACUUCUCCCCAAUCGAAUGAAGAUGGCUCUAUCUAUAUCCGUGGAGCUUGAUGGUGAUCGACUCAAGCUCAAAACUCCGGUGCCAAUCAAGGUCGGCCGCGUAAAGGUCAAGAAAGAGUUCCCACUUUACGUGAAUUCAGUUGUACUUACCUAUGAGAGUUCAAAUAAUAUCGGUCGUAUCAAGAGCGCAAACUUGAAAUGUCCAUUCGGCGGUACUGUGGGCAAAGUGUUCGUCGAAACUAAUGCGACCGUGAACGAUGGAGACACCUUGAUGCAGCUGAGGAUUUGUUCACACUCCGUCAGGGAUAAGGACGUCUGUGCCGAUUGCGGAGCCCACUUAGAAGAGUCAGCCAGCGGCUUCGGUCCAGAUGCGGCUUCCGUGUCUAUGAUUCACCACAUGCCCCAUCUAAGAGUCAGCGAAGAACUUUCUCGCUCCAUCGGGAGGGAUGAUGAGCUCCGCUUACUGACGCAAAAAAAGCUGGUACUACUUGUCGAUCUCGACCAGACUUUGAUUCAUACCACGAGCGAGCCUGUUUACGAUAAAAUCAAAGGUGUUCAUCACUUCCGUCUACCCAGCAGCAAUAACGCAUGGUAUCACACUCGGAUACGUCCGGGAACGGAAGACUUCUUGAGAAAGAUCUCCCAAUUGUUCGAACUGCACAUAGUCACAUUCGGAGCCCGCCCGUACGCGAACCACAUCGCCUCCUUGCUUGAUCCGGGGAAGAAAUACUUCCAGUAUCGGAUUCUGUCUCGUGAUGAAUGUUUCAACCCGCAAUCGAAGACCGCGAAUCUUAAAUCUUUAUUCCCGUGCGGGGAUCAGAUGGUUUGCAUCAUUGACGAUCGGGAGGACGUCUGGAACUUCGCUUCGAACCUUAUCGCCGUGAAACCUUACGUCUUCUUCCGCGGAGCUGGGGACAUAAAUGCACCAGCAGGCUUACUCGCAGACUGUCAUGCGCUCCCCGCGUCCGAAGGCGGGACAUGUAGCACUGUUCUAUCUCACAGAAAUCCCGAAGCUCUUCGUGCGGAUCGAGAAGUGGUGGCAUGUCUCCAGGGUCUCAUAGAACACACCUGUGGCGCGACAGACGGCUUCAUCGAUUAUGAAGACACCGACGACUAUCUUCUUCAUCUUGAGGACUCUCUUCGAACGGUUCAUCGAGCGUACUUCGAGCUGUACGAGCAGAUGAAACAUGAGAAACAUGGUGAAGCCUCGUCCAUUCCGGAUUUGAAGACAGUCAUUCCGUACGUCCGGCAGAAAGUUCUGAAAGACGUGGUCAUCGUGUUCACCGGCUGCUUCCCCAUCAAUCAGAGACCGGAGAGCGCUAAGAUUUUCUUGGUCGCGGUUUCCCUAGGCGCGAAGGUUCAAAAAGAGCUCAGUAAGGAGGUGACUCACCUCGUUGCCGCUCGACCUGGGACCGCAAAAGUUCAGCAGGCAAGAAAAUUCCGAUCCAUUAAGGUGGUCUCGCCCGACUGGCUGUGGUCUUGCGCCGAAAGGUGGGAGAAAUCUUCGGAGGCAUUAUUCCCAUUGAAGGACGUGCCUGUCGACGCUGGCAAAUGGCGUGCCAGAGGGGGUGUGCCCGAGAGAGCUGCAAAACCUGAGGACGGGGAGGCUGACUUCCUUCGUGAAGAGAUGCUGAAGCUCUCUCGGAGGAAGAUGCUUCCGGAAGCCCUAGUUCCUUCACUUGUCACCGAACAUGACGCUCUCGCCGAGAUGCUGAAAGAAGUCGAUGAUGAGCUUGCCGAUGAUGAUGAUGAUGAUGAUGGAGAGGAAGGAGAUGAGGACGAACAUCCGCUGAAGAAGAUGAGAUUCCAGUGA